CAGUUCGCACUUGCGAGUGAUUUUAUUAAGAAAAAUGCUGGGUAAUUGGAAAAAUUGGUGUCGUUUAUGUGCAAAAAUUGACUCUGCAACAGAUGAAAGUGUAAAUAAAAGAAAAUCUUCAGGAGAACUUCUGGAAAUUGCCAAUAAAUACUUCACGGUUUCGUUGCCUGAGGAAAACUUGCUUAUCUGCGAUGAUUGCUCAAAUUUCCUGCUGAAGCUAGAGAACUUCGAAGAGCGUUGCCUGAAGGUGGAUAUAAUGCUAAAGGAGAUUAGUGAAGAUCAAAAUAUGCAAGAAUCUAAUCUUCAGGCCAUGCGCAUAAAGUAUGGUUUUGAUGUGCCAGAAGAAAAAUAUCAGAUUCAACUGUUAGAGAUCCGGAAAGAAGAGGAUGACUUCUCUGACGAUGUGUACUCGGAUCCUCUCGAUCAGGAUAUUAUAAAAACGAGGGAAACAGUUGUUGUGAAGAUGGAAACCCCCGAAGAGGAAGAUUCAGAGAGCCUCAAGAAGCGUGGUCGUCCUAAGAAAUUAAGAGAGUCCAUUAAGAGAAAACUGCAGGAACAAGAAGACAUCGAGUCUCCGAAGAAGAGGAAAAGAAUGUGGAAGGGAGACGGCGAGAAGAAGCACAUUUGUUCCUAUUGUUCGAAAGCUUUCAGCCGGCAAAACGUGAUGAAGGAUCACAUCUUGACGAAGCACCGCAAGCAGGACAUGAUUCACGCUUGCUCGCAGUGCCCGAAGAGAUUCGCCACCAGCUACAGAUUACGACUCCACGAGGCCACACACUUGCCGGACGCCGAGAAACUCGUGCAUCCUUGUCCGUUCUGCGACAAGAAAUUCAGCCAGAAAGUCGGCGCCGAAGUGCACAUCAACGCCAUGCACUUGGGCGAGAAGUCCUUCACCUGCGAAGAGUGCGGAAAGUCUUUCAGCACGAAAGGUGCUCUGACAGAGCAUAAAAUCACCCACACGGAUGAGCGUCCUUGUCAGUGCUCAUUCUGUCCGAAGAAGUUCAAGAAUCAGCGGCAGCUGAAGCAACACGAAAGCAGUCACAAGGAAUCUGGCCACGCUUGUCCGCACUGUGGCUUAAAGCUGAAGAGCAUCGUGACUCUCAGGAUGCAUUUGUUGGUGCAUUCGGACAAAAAGAAGUACAAGUGCAACUAUUGCGGCAAUGAAUAUAAGCGUUCAAAGACAUUUAAGAGUCACUUGAUUCUGCACACCGGCCAGCGCCCGUACGAGUGUCCUUUCUGUGAUAAAACUUUUGCGAAUGGAUCUAAUUGCCGGAGCCACAAGAAAAAAGCGCAUCCAGCCGAGCUUGCGGCUUUAGAAGCUACAGGUAAACAGAAAGUAACGAUUACCCCCAAAUUGAAAUACUUGCAGCCUAAAGUUGCAGAGUUUGCUAAGGAAAAUGAACGACAGUAGAUAUGUUAUUUUUAAGUUAUUGACUAUGAAUAAAGGAUAAUGA